UUCAUUCUUUCCACAGAAAACACAAUCAUAUGAUGUCAAACCUACAUAUUGUUUUACGGAUUAUCCUUUUAGGACUUUACCAUCUGUGCUACUAUGCUACAUCAGCAGUAGCACAGGAAGAAGAGGCACAAAGUUAUUAUGAUGACGAUUCUCGGCAAGCCAUAAAUGCACAGGAUUAUAAUGAGGCAAACCAAAUCUCUUGGUCGGGAGAAUCCCAAUUCUCUAGGAGUCUAGACAUAAGAGAAGGCAUAUAUAUUAUUUCAAUAAUUAUCCUGAUUAUCCUUUCAACAAUAGGAGGUGUUGGAUGGCUUCUGUAUUUACACCUCAUGUUACGCCAACAACCUUUUUUCAUAAUGAAAACAAAUGAAUUACAAGGACAGGAUUUAAAGCAGGAAUCAAUGCAGGAAUCAAAGCAGGAAUCAAAGCUGCCUACAACAAGAAGGUAUGGGAGGCUUCUAUGCUUCAAUUGCUUUUUUUAUAGUUUUUUUUUAAUAAAGCUGAUCCCCAUUCCUAAAGUGCAUUUUGAGGAUGAAACAAAACCUGAGUCGGAAAAGGGCUUAUCUGAGGAAGAAGAAAUAGAAGAAGAAGAACCAAAGCAAGCAGCACCAUUGAAAGCACCCGUUGCUGCUAAAUAUUCACAGAUACAGUUUUAUAAAUGGAAAGAAAGGACCCAUUUGCAGAAGAAACAUGUAGUUCCAGGCAAAGAUUAUAUGCAACCCCUUACCAGAAUCACUCCUUGCCUCACAAUUUCUGAAUAUAAUGGGACAACAUUUUAUAAAUGGAAAGAGAAGACCUAUUCUGGGAAGGAACAAGCUUUACCAGGCAAAGCUGUAUUGAUGCCACAAAGGCCGUCACUUUCUACUGCCGAACAUGAGGCGAUAAACGUUCAUGAAUCACAAGAGAAGGCACAUUCUGAGAAGAAAGAAGUAGUUCCAGCCAAAGCCAAAGUGAAACACACUAAGAAAGUUCCUAAGUAGUCACCUAUGGCGAUUACUUCAUGAAUUUUGCUUUUGAUUCUGAAAGACAAGACAGAGCAUGUGCAUGGCCAAUUCUGGACGGGAGCCAUGCGGGUUGGUGGAGGGAGCUCUGGUUAGUGCUGAGCAAAAGCUGAGCACUAAAGCCAAGAAAUAAAAUCUGUUAAAAUUACUGUGAGUGGCUGUAUAGUGUUUUCUAUAUAUUUGUUUGGGUUGUUUUCUUUGUAUACUAAUGAAUGCUAACUAUGUUUGUACAUAAAAUCUGACAAAAUAAAUUUCCAAAAUACUACUUUCAUGUGUAAGGUCUCAUUAUUUUUCGAGGAGGAGGAGGGAUGCUGGUUUUAGGUGAGGACAAGUGGAAGGGUCUCUUAGAUAUCACAAAGGGUAGGGAGAGCAUUUUAAGUUACCAAUGAAUAAUGUAAAUAAUUUAUUUAAAUGAAUAAAGAAUGUAUUCCUGCUGUGUGCUUUAACCAGUA